AUGCCUUCUGCGAGCACCGAACAGCCCAACGUGGGACCGCGGUUCCGCCCGUAUGCAAGCCCCAAUCAUCAUGUCACCAAAGGUCGCUAUAUUACAAGCAAUGAUCCUCGAGGUUAUAUACCUGUGUACGAGUACCCGCUGAACGGUCAAUGGAUCAUGCUUGACAUGGAUGACGGUUAUGUCCUCUGGACUGGCAUCUGGAAAGCUUUAGGCAACAAUAAAGCUGACAUCGUCAAGAUCAUAGACUCACAGCCGGAUCUCGCGUCACGACUGCGUCGCGUGCGUGGGGGCUACUUGAAGAUUCAAGGCACAUGGAUGCCUUACGAAAUUGCGCUUCGUUUAGCACGCCGUGUCGCGUGGACUAUCCGCCACGAUCUUGUGCCACUGUUCGGGUGA